AUCGCUUCUCAGCCUUUUGGCUCAGAUCAAGUGCAGUAUCUGUUCUCAUCAGUUUAAUAUCUGAUACGUCCUCGAUGAGAGGACUUAGAUUUAUUACAUUUUUUUUCCCAGGGAGGUGGUGCAGUCACCGACCCUGGAGGUGUUCAAGGAACGUUUGGACGUUGUGUUGAGGGACGUGGUUUAACGAGAACUGCUGGUGAUGGGUGGAUGGUUGGACUGGGUGAUCCUGUGGGUCUUUUCCAACCUUGGUGAUUCUAUGAUUCUAUGUGAGAAAUUACUUGAGGGUGGCCGGAGGGGGUAGGAAAGGCUAAGAGUGCUCAGCUCAUGUUCAGAGCCGAGCAGUGCGGAGCUCCGGGCGUCUGUGAGCUGCCCGAACUGUAACGUUUGCACAGUGCUGUUCUGCCUCUCACAGCUGAGGCCGUGCGUUACCAUCCCGGCAGGUGCAGCAUUGCUCACAGAAGGAGAAAAAAUAUUUCAGCGUAGUUCUCUGUUGACAUUUUUUGUGGGAUGAGAAACACUCACUCAGUCACAGAGUCCCUCGGGGUGAGCUCCCGGGCUGACACGCAGCCACCGGCCCCGACACGCUCUGGCAGCAGCGCAGCUCCCGGUGCCAGCGGCGCUCUGCAUGCGCUGUGCUGCUGAGUGCAGCCGUUCUGAUUUACCCUCUGUUUACACACGGCUUUCAUACCUUAAUCUCCCCGAUAAGAGGUAUGGAAGUAGACCGCAGUUCUCUCAGCGUUCCUCUGCUGCCUUUGGGGACGCUCCUGCUCCAGGUCUGGGGGCAGCUGCCGGGGGUUCUGCCCCUCAGCACCAUUGGAUCCACAUUGCUCGGUGCCCGAGCAGUGGAGGUGACUCUCAGCAAUGUGACUGUGCUGCCAUGUGAGGAGUGAGGCUUCUCACUGCUUCUGGAGACAGUGAUGCUGUGGGAAGUGGAGGGACAAGGAGAGGUGGGAUGGAUGGGGCACUGAGCCCACCGCAGGCAGCCAGGUGAUGCUUUGCACCUCUGCCUGGAGCCGCUCCUCAGCACUGUGCACACUUGGCAAAGGCUGGGAGGCACAUAGCAGGCGUGAGCUGGUGGUUGCUGCCUUAUUGCAGGGCCAGAAAGCAGGACAGAGCAGGGCAGAACCAACCCCACUGGGCGUGCUGCACCCUGGGCUCAGGGGCUUCAUGGGCAGCGACAUGGUGCCACUCCACUUUCCUGCUAACUGCCACCCUGUGAACUUAAAGUGGGGUAAAAACCUUCUCCAUGAACUGCAAAAGCACCAUUGGAGAGCAUCACUGCCCUCCCCAGGAGGACACGGCCAGCUCCUUGCUGCCGGCUGCUGCUCCUCCAGCCCUGGAGAUCACGGUGUGUGAGCAGAGAGCGGUGACUGCAGUAUGCCUCAGCAGAGAAAGUGUGCAGUAAUUGCAGUAUCAGGGCUGGGCGCUGCUGGGGUGAUUUUACAGUCCCAGUAUCACCCUGCAGUUUCCAGCAGUGCGCUGAGUUUUGCUGAUGUCUUUAUUUCCUGUAAAUGGUGACUGCCCUGGGAAGAGCCGGGAGCGAGCUAAACACAGCCAGCACUGUCAUUUCGUAACGUGGGAGCCUGAUCUCACCGCUGAGGUGGAGGAGUUUCAUUGGGAUGGUGCUGGGAAUGUGGCCACAGGGAGGUGAGGGCAGUGGCAGCGCCCCCUGACAUGGGAUGGCAGAGGGAGUUUUUCACUCAGAGGGCAGUCAGGCCCUGGCACUUCUAUGCACAGAGCCGUGCCCCAUCCCUGCAGGUGCCCAAGGCCAUGGAUGGGCACUGGGCAGCCUGAGCUGCUGCCUGCUUUACGGGUUGGCAACCCUGCCUGUGGGUUGGAGACGGAUGAUCUCUGAGGACCUUUCCAACCCAAGCUAUUUUGUGAUUCUAUGAAUGUAACUUUAAAAAGUGACAAUGCCAUUCUUCAGUGCCGUGUUCUUAUGGCUGCUGAGCAGAUGAAGCAAGCUGGGAGGCUCCUGAUCCUUAAACCCUCCUUAAACCCCAUGUGAAGCUGCUUUGCCUUUACUACCACAGCGCUUCCCAUUGCUGUCAGUAGCCAGUAACGGCACCCUCAGAUUGGGCAGCUGAACAGAAAUUAACUCAAGAUGAACAAAGGGGCAGGCAGGCUCAAGCCUAGCAGCAGUGGCUUCAUUCAGAUACAAAAGUGCAGCAUUUGCUCUGUGCCUCGUGCUGCAGGUUUGGGCCUCAAUGGAAAUAGUGCUGGAUUAGCUCAGGAUGCCGUGAUGGGCACAACAUUCAUCUCUGGUUCUGUUCUCCCACAGCUGAAGGCUGAGGAAUCCCCCAGACAACAGGAUGAAUCUGAAGAGAUAUUUUGUCCGGGCCCUGCACCGCCUCCAGAAGGGCCCUGGCUACACCUACAAGGAGCUGCUGGUCUGUGGGGAAUCCUCAUCAACACCUACCUCUCCUACAACGUCACCUCAUCACUCUCUAUUGGCUUUAAGACCAUGAAGUUCCCUGCAGUCACAGUCUGCAAUGCCAACCCCUUCAAGUACUCGGAGGUGAGGCCCCUGCUGAAGGAGCUGGACAAGCUCAUCGAGGCGGCGCUGGAGAGGAUCCUGCAGCCCACACACGGGGACCCCAUCUCACCCCUGCUGCUGAACAGCAGCAAUGCCACCGAGGGGCUGGACCUGGAUCUCUGGAACCAGAUCCCGCUGGUGCUCAUUGAUGAGCAGGACAAGGACAACCCGGUCAUCGUGGAGAUCUUCGAGACCAACCAGAGCGUCGCGGGGAACCAAACUGCUGCUCCUCCUGCCCCUGCCAACGUGACGUCUGAAGAGAAGAAGUACAAGCUGGCGGUGAAGCUGUGCAGCCACCAGGGCUCCAACAACUGCACCUACAGGAACUUCACCAGCGCGGCGCAGGCGGUGACCGAGUGGUACAUCCUGCAGUCCACCAGCAUCCUGUCCAAAGUGCCGCUGCAGGAAAGGAUUAGGAUGGGCUACCAGGCUGAAGACAUGAUCCUGGCGUGUCUCUACGGGGCCGAACCCUGCAACUACAAGAAUUUCACCCAAAUCUAUCACCCAGACCACGGUAACUGCUACAUCUUUAACUGGGGCAUGGACAAAGAGGCUUUGAAUUCUUCCAACCCGGGAGCCGAGUUUGGGCUGAAGUUAAUUCUGGACAUCAGCCAGCAGGACUACAUCCCCUACCUGUCGUCUGCCGCCGGGGCACGGCUGAUGCUGCACCAACAGAAGAGCUUCCCGUUCCUUAAGGAUCAGGGCAUCUACGCCAUGGCUGGGACAGAAACCUCCAUCGGCGUGUUAGUGGAUGAGCUGGAGCGGAUGGGCUAUCCCUACAGCGACUGCACCGCGAACGGGUCUGACGUCCCAGUAAAGAACCUCUACAGCGAAUACAAUACUUCCUACUCCAUACAGCUCCCUCUUCCCUUUUUCCAGGCUUGCCUGCGCUCCUGUUUCCAGAACCACAUGACGGAAAUCUGUGGCUGUGGUCACUACAUGUUUCCUUUACCAGAAGGGGUAACUUACUGCAAUAACGAAGAUAACCCUGGCUGGGCCUAUUGCUAUUCGUCACUGAGAUCAAGUAUAAGACACAGACAAAUUUGCAUUGACUCUUGUAAGGAAACAUGCAAUGACACGCAGUACAAGAUGACCAUCUCCAUGGCGGAUUGGCCCUCUGAGGCUUCCGAGGACUGGAUUUUCCAUAUUUUGUCUUAUGAAAGGGAUAUGUCAACAAAUGUGACUCUGGACAGCCAGAGCACACGCGCUAACGCAGACGGGAGAACAAGCUGCGGCACGCGCUUGCCUGGAAGAUACAUAAAGCGAUCCUCAGCUGCACUUCAUGCACAUGCUCUGCUCCCCGUCAGAACAAGCUGGGCCAGACACAGACCCAAAUGCACAGUUAAAGCAGAAGGAACGUUAACCACGCGCACCCAAUUGGUUGCAUGCGGCAGCCUGAAGCGCUGAGCUGCUGGGGUUCAGCUCCUGGAUGGCUGCAUUCGGCCCUUCAUACCCAUGUAUGCUCUGCCAAUAGCAGCAGGAUGGGGCUGCACCGCAGCCAGGGGAGCCGAUGAGUUAUUCAUUGACAACCAAAGCCCUGAAUUAUGGGGAGGAAAGGAAUGGCCAGAUGUGGGAGCGCAGACAGCUCCCAUGGCGCUCACUGCUUAGCCUGCCUGACAAGCCAGUUCUUGCGGAGGCCUCGCAUUAACACACGUUGCAACACAGCCCUCUGGGGUGGUACAAAGCCCUAACCCAGUCCUGCCCUCAGUGCCAGGCCUUGAAAACAAAACAGAGCGAAACAAAGAGAUGCUCAGCUUGUGCACGGUGAGCAAACACCCACCAGCACCACCCAGGCUCACAUAUGCUGUGUGUGUGCUGUGACCUGCUGAGUGCAGGGCAGACACUGAGCAGUGAUUACGUGGGACUCAGGCCAUCAGCUCCCUCCAUGCCCCCAGAGCACAAGCAGCUGGGACUAAGCAGGGGCUCUGCACUGAUUAAGACAGGUGGGGAAAACCCAAGCAGACAGCCCCACAGAAGGCUCUGGGUGCACAUGUGCCUGUUCAGGAGCAGAACUGUGUCUGUCCCCCAGUGUGUGCCUCACAGCUGGGGGCACUUCUUAACCUUUCCCCAUACCACGCAGAAGUUUGCAUUGCAAGCAGUUAUGGCACGGCUGUGAGCAGACCCAUCCCCACACGCAGACGAGAUGCAUGCAUGGGACACCUGCAGUGCAGGUUUGCUCGGAGCUCCCGCUUUGUGUGUUGCA